GAUCAUAAAUCACAAGACAUUAGUCGAAAUCUAACAACUUGCCGAUUGCGCGCUAGAUUAUUAACAUGACGGAAAUGAUCUUUGUGUUUCUCCCUCUGAUUUCUGAUUGGUUGUGUGUCUCUUGGCUUAGUGAGAAUGAAAAGGAACGAAUCAAAUCCCAGAAAAACUGUCAUCAUUAAUUUCGUGAUUCGAGUCAAAUGAACUUGGCUGGAGUUAUCGAUGAUGGAUCAUCAGGUGGAUGAGGACCCAUCUCAUUAUUGGAGCUUUCCUAUGUGCUUGCCUUUUGAUCACAAGGGUCAAUGCCCGGGCCCAAAUGGUAAUGAUGGGGUCCUUCAUGGAGCCACGCAUGAACCCGGACGAUCCAACGCCCGCCGAAGUAUUGAUGGUGAGCAUGAGUCCUCAGCAACGUGAAAUGUUUCGACACAAUGAAGAGACCCGAAAAAAAUAUAUGUCUAUUAUGAAAUCUGGGCAGCGCGACAGAGCGAGACAGCUGACUGCUCAAGAAAUGUUUCUGAAGUACGAGUACGAGCAAUCCAGUUUAAACCUCGGUGGUGAGCCCGUGAUACGUGGAAAUCGGCAACUCUUUCCAUCAGAUGGCGUACCAGAAUCGAAGCAGUACAUAAGUGUUCCAAAAUACAAGUCAAAAAUGUCCCCAGUUCUAUCUUCAAGGAAGCCUUUCCAGGGAAAAAGUGUAUCGGAAACUCCCUUGGCUGAACCGGCGCCAGAGAGUCAAAAUCAAGCUCAACUGAUAAAACCUCAAGUCAAGCUGAAUACCGAAACAAACAUGUCAAUCCAAAAGGAUCAGAAAAGAUUGCAUCAAUUGGAAUUCCAAAAGGGAGGUCAAGAACAUGAACCCAAGGCAAUACCGAAUCAGCCGAGUCUUGAGUCAAAAAAUCGUGACCAAAGCCCAUUAGCCAUCUUCUACCGCGAUCCAAGCCAGGAUUCCACCUCUGACAGUGAGUUGGUCUCCAACCAAGGCGGAACCCAGGACCAAGGUGGUCAAGAGUCGAUCACGAUUGAUCUCAUCACUUCUCAAGUUACUACAAAUAUCAAUCCAAUUGAAGAGGUCGAAAAUGUUGGACAUAUUCCACAAACACAAGGGGAAAACAAGGAAGAAUCCGAGGUGUACUACAAAGACGCAGAAGGUGAGGAAGAACCUGUGUAUUAUUACAAGGAUUUUCCCCAGUCUUCUAGCGGUUCUGUGGAAGCUAAGGAUUUCAAGAACUCCCUUGGUCCAAAUAGUAAUCAAGCCUCGUUAGAUUCCAACUCCCAAUUUGUCAUCACUACAAAGAGUGCUGGAGAAGUGAAGUUAAGCGACCAACUAUUGGCUGAGGAUCCUAACAACAUCCUAAAGAAUUUGGAUUUGAGCCCACCAGAUCCAUUUGUCUUCCAACCUGUUGAUCUCACCGGCCCCAAUAAAAAGAUCAAGAAGGUUCGGAAGAUCAGAGUGGAUAAAAACGGGAAUCGGAUUGAAGUGGAUCCAAACACGCCGCAAAAGACAAAUUUGAAUGGGAAUCUGGUGGAGUCUCUUACCUCGGAUAACCAACUGAAUGUUUUUGAAUUCGAGUUCCAAGGCAACGAGGAUGAUACUGGCGUAAUCCAAACUAUAGAGAUAGAGGGUCCAGUUGACUAUGAGUUCAAUUACGUGGUAGAUCUCAUCAACAGUGGUUUCUUCACCCAAGAGGAAGCUCAAGCUCUUGGAGGGAAUACCGAAGGCAAUUUCCAAGUUCAAGAUGGGGGCAAAACUCAAGAAGUGGAUUACAAUGUGUCUCCAGAAUCUGGAUUUGUCGCUGAUACCUUCUGGGAGCUUAAUUCAAAAUGAAUAUUCUUCAGUUGUUUGUGCCUGUUAUCAUGAUAUCCAAAGAACUCAGCCAUAUUUAGUGUCCGUACAUAGUACACAUGUUUGCCCCUGACUCGGCCACCUGAGAGUAAUACACGCUCGAUUCCACUCACGAUUAUCAUAUUCAUUACACGGACCAUCAGCUUGAAACUUCAGACUACGAUUAUCCACAAAAAGUCGAGAUGAACUGCCCCGGAUGAAUCAACGAAUUCAUAACGCUACACAUUGCGGUGUGUCGUAGUUGCAAGUUUCAAUAUCCAUGUCAAGAUGAGUGGGUUUUUGAUCAAUUCCGACCAAAGCCACAAACCAAAGAACUUGUAACAAGUAAACAAGAGCUUGAUUCUCCUAUGUUGGAUAUUGGUCGUUGCUGUAUCGUAAAUAUAUGCUUAUUGAGGGAU